AUCGAUGUGUUAUCAAUGCAGCUCUGUCGUUAGCCCAGCCCUGGAAAACCACGCCAGUCAUUUUUGUUUUGAUAAGGAUACGGAUACAAAAAGAGCGUGGCCUGGAAAAUUUGCAGAAACCAGCAAGAAAACGCCACAACCCGAGCCCGAAUCGGUGCAAACUGUGCGUCAGGUGGAGCGCGAUCCACUAGUCACGCAUUCGCGCUUUCCCCAGCCAACGUGGUAUCAGCGUGCGAGGAAGAAGAGGAGAAGUGGCAAAAGCAGAAGCACCAGCAAGAGCAGAAAACAGUGCAGACAGCUAAAAUAACGAAUCGAAAAAGCCCGGGGAGUGCUGGUGGAGGUGGUGGUCGUGCUGGUGCGGAGCAGGAGGCGAAGAGAAGUAGCGCGCGCGGGGGAAGGACCGAGUGGGCAUGGCCGUGGGCCUACGGUGUGGCCACCAUUGUAUAACUAGGAAGCGCUAAGGAACAAAUCUCGAAUAGCUCUUGAACCGCCAUGCAUCUGAACCAUGCGACCGCCGCCACAGCAGCCAUGGCCUCCUACCAGCAAUACCCGCUGCCAGCGAACCAUGGCGGGGGUGGUGGAAACGGCGGCGGAGGAGGCAGUGGGGGUGGGGGUGGCGGCAGCGGCAGUGGUGGGGGCGCUGGCCUGCACCAACCAACCACGCUGGCUAGCUUGCAGCAGAGCCCGUUCGCCCUGCACCAACUAACUGCCGUGCAGGCCAUCCAGCAUCCCACCCACCAGGCCAUGCUCCAUCCACAACAUCCGCUCGUCCACCUGCUGGACAUUUCCACAACCACAACGAAUAGUGGCGGCGGCGGAGGCAGCCACACACCCAUAUCGCCGAUGAAGCAGGAGGUGCAGAGUGUGAUCAGCGAGGAGGAGGUGGUGGUUGAUGACCCUCGCAAGAAGAAGCAGUGCCACGUGUGCAAGAACAAGUUCCGGCAGCUGACCACCUUACGCAACCAUAUGAAGAUCCACACAGACGAAAGACCCUACAAGUGCAAGCACUGCGACAAGGCCUUCCGCCAGAUCUCGACGCUGACCAAUCACGUGAAGAUCCAUACCGGCGAGAAACCCUUCACCUGCAACAUCUGUGCCAAGGAUUUCCGCCAACAGAGCACGCUGAUCAAUCACAUCAAGACGCACAAGGCGGCGGAGUCCAGCACGCCCACCUCCCUGCUGAACUACCAGCCGCAGCCGAGCGGCAAGCACCGAAAGUCGCAGAUGCAUCAGGCGUAUCAGCCGCAGCAUCAGCGAGUCCAAAUCUCAAAGACGUUGUACUCCGGCAGCUACAGUUCUCCGGCGGCGGAGGAGUUGGUGAAGCCCUACCAGUGCAGCGUCUGCAAGCGCCGCUUUCCACAGCUGAGCACGCUGCACAACCACGAGCGGACCCACAUCGAUCCCAAGCCCUACAAGUGCGAGACGUGCGACAAGUCCUUCAGCCAGCUGGCCACGCUGGCCAACCACAAGAAGAUCCACACGGGCGACAAGCCGUACACGUGUUCCUACUGCCACAUGCAGUUCCGCCAGCAGAGCACUCUCACCAACCACCUCAAGACGCAUACGCACCAGCUCGCCCACGGCGGGGCUGGCGCCGGUGGAGGAGGUGGUGGUGGAGGCGCCGUAACAGCCACAGUGGAUCACUCAAUGCCCGCUCCUCUGGCGCCCGGAACGCAACAACUGACGAGCGGACUGUUGCCGAAUAACCUGCAUGGCAGCACGCCAAACAUCAUCCAGCUGGACCAUCAUCCGCUGCUGCACUUCCUCGACGGCAGCACCACGGUUAGCUCAGUGGUGGCUACAGCAGCGGCCGCGGCCAAUACUAAAGUGGAACCGUUCCAGGGCAGCGGCGGCAGUGGUGGCGGCGGGGGAUCACCGCCGGGCCGGAUGACCGUGGUGGGCACGAUACACAUGCUGAAGGGCGAUAAUCCAGACCGGCCGUUCGGCUGCAGCGUCUGCCAGCGAUUCUUCUCGCAGCAGAGCACUCUGGUAAAUCACAUCAAGACGCACACGGGCGAGAAGCCGUACAAGUGCAAGAUCUGCGAGGUCAACUUCCGGCAGGUGGCUACGCUCAACAACCACAUGAAGAUCCAUACCGGGGAAAAGCCCUACAACUGUUCCUACUGCCCCAAACAGUUCCGGCAGAAGAGUACGCUGCAGAACCAUCUCAGGGUGCACACCUGCUAAGCCCAGACCUGCACCGCCAGCACCUGCCGGAACGAGCAGUCACAACCAGCCAGCCAGCCAGCCAGUCAGUCAAGCAGCCAUUGAGGAAUAGUGCAAUAUGAAUGCCACAUAGCACGUACAGUUUAGAGAUCGCAUAAUACGGCAUACGAAUACGAUGAUUACAUGAAUACUAUAUUUGAAUAUAUACUCGAAAGUGUUAUUUACCUGCUGUGCAGAGCGCAAUUGUAUGUAACUAUAUAUCGUAGAGAGCUGAUCCAUAUGCGUGUCCAAUUGUAAAUUAAGGCUAACCGUAUUCGCAUAAGCCACGAAUGAAAUGAUACAGGGUGUUUAAGCCUAUAGCUCCAACCUAUCCCCUAUCACCUGGGUGGAUCGGCUUCAGUGGGUGGCUGAGAAAGUAAUCCUUGGAACAGGUCCAAACAAUUCAAUCUCUAUUACACGCCUAUGUACUAUGUUAGUAAGCCCCAUGAUUAUGUUUCCUAGCCGAAGUGAUACAUAUUGAAAUACUAAAUCAUAAAUAUUUAUUUCUUUCGGAAGCGUUUUAACUACUUUAGCAGCCAACUAAUAUUCGUAGCUUAUUUGUACAUUUCUGAUUUAUAUUUUAGUAUAUAUCGCAAAAUCAAAGCUAGAAAAUAUUGUUUAUUUUUAACACUAUUUUACCAGCACCUAUUUUAUUUCCUAAAAGGAAGCGGUUCAGGAGCCUCGGGAGGCGAUCUACGAUAUCUGUUGUUUGUUUUAUCGCUUUUAGGACCUAAUUGUUCUGAGCUGUGCAACGAUUACUUUCCUGCCCCCACUGCAACUGGUGCCCCCGAAUUCCCAUCCUCCUCCUCCUAUGAGUUCCGAGUACCGGCUUCUCUCAGCUUUUCUCGUCGUGUUAAAUGUUAAGCCCGCCAGCAAAGUAAAGUAAAUGAAUUAAAAGUAAAACUAGUUAUUGCUACUAUACUACUGUGUGUAAUCCCCGCCCGCUCUAAACUUACAUAACUGCAUCGGAGAGGUAGAAUCGAAGGAGAAAACCGACUAUUCAUAUAAGUGUACUCUUAGCGCAUAUUUAGCAGCAUCUUCUACUCAACAUGACUACAGCGGAGCAGAGGCGAUCGCAUCAAAUAAUCAAUAAUACAACUUAAAUUGAUAACUAUUGAUUGCAAACCGGGUUGCUUAUAGAACAAAGCGUAAAGUUAAAUUAGAAAACGGAACGAAAUCGAGUCCCUAUAUUAAGUAUGAGAGGUGGAGAACCGGAGUAAUACCAGCUAUUGAAUCGACAGAAUGAUCGUAAAUGUUGUAGAGAAUAUAUAGUAUAUAUAUAAAAAUAUAUAUAUAAACUACUUGUAAAUGUAAGCGAAGCGAUGAGCUAAAACACAAUAAUAAAAGAUACAGAAAGAAAACAUUAAAA